AUGGCUCUGAGGUGGGCAGGGAUCCUCCUCCUCACCUCAAUCAGCUACUUCGCCAUCAAGCUCUACCAACAACGGGUCUGGUUUCGACGAACGGUGGAAAAAUACAAUCUUCCAACAUUACCGGGCCAUUCAUGGCUUCUCGGCAACUUGAUCGCGGUGGGCAAGAUCAUGGUAGCGUACCCUGCAGAUGUCCACGGCCAGUUGAUGCCAGACUUCCUCGCUCGCGAAUAUCCUGAGAUCGCAGAGUUUGGUGUUUGCUACAUUGACUUGUGGCCAGUCUCAUGGCCCAUGAUGGCUACCUUUCAUCCAGACAUCGCAGCACAGUUCACUCAGGAGACGUCGCGUCCAAAGCAUGAAAUUAUCAGAGGUCAAUUCAGACCCUUGACUGGGCUGAAAGACCUUGUUCUGGCCGAGGGGUCAUUUUGGAAGAAGUGGAGGGCCACUUUCAACCCUGGCUUCUCUACACAGAACAUAUCAGCCCUGGUCCCCGAGUUCAUCGAAGAAGCGUCAAUCUGGAAGAAGUACCUACAACAAGUCGCCAAAGAAGACAAAGUUGUUCGCCUUGAAGAUUCUGUGAUGAAGGCAACAUGCGACAUCAUCGGCCGAUCUGUCUUGGGUCAAAGUCUAGGGAUUCAAUCCGGUGUAGACGACAAGAUCUUUCCCACACUGAAAGGUGCCAUUGCGCUUCUUGUCACCGAUUGGUCGCCGCCUAACUGGAGUCGUCUUCUGGACCCGUUCCGAGGCAGACGUCUUGCAAGCUUGAACCAGAAGUUGCGAAGCCAGUUGAAAUUUUUGAUCGAGAGUCAACUUGAGAAUCAUGCAAGCAUUCAAGGGCCCAAGACCGUCAAUGGCCUUGCUAUCCGCACAUACCUAAAGGAUACUGGAAAGGAAGACAUCUCGAAAUCUGGUGUCGAUACUGAGUUUCUUGAUGUGACGAUUGAGAACCUCAAAAUCUUUCUUUUUGCCGGUCAUGAUACUACUGCGUCCACGCUCUGUUUCGCUUACAACUACCUUCACCAUCAUCCAGAUGUCCUGGCGAAGCUACGAAAAGAGCAUGAUGAAGUCUUAGGUCCUGAUCCCAACUCUGCAACAUCAAUUAUCUCCGAGUCACCUACAAUUCUAAACCAACUCGUUUACACCACAGCAAUCAUCAAAGAAACCCUCCGUCUUGAGCCACCAAUUGGCUCCUGUCGAGAAGGCUCUCCGACAUUCUUUCUCCGACACCCUGAAACAGGACAGCAGCUUCCCACAGAUGGCUUCAUUCUAUUUUCAGCAAGCAAAGCCAUCCAUCGUAAUCCAAAGUUCUGGCCUAACCCUGACAAAUUUAUGCCAGAGCGCUGGCUAGAGCAAGACUUUCAUCGAACUGCUUACCGCCCUUUUGAGCUGGGCCCCAGGGGCUGUAUUGGACAGGAACUUGCUUUAACAGAGUUGAGAUUACUUCUUGCGAUGACAGUCAGAGAUCUGGAGAUUGUUCCUGCGUACAAGGAUGAAGCAGAUACGUUAUAUGGAUACCAGGCCUUCCAGGCCCAUAUGCCUGGUGAGCUCACAGCUCAUCCGAGCAAGGGGAUGCCAGUUAGAGUGAGACUGCGAAAGGUCUAG